GAAAUUGCAGUCUUCGAAUCUGGCAUCAGUGUUAUCUCUGCUUCCCUGUUCGUACAUACAGCUGUUUGGUGUGUUUGACGUACUACGGAGUCAGCUUACAAAUAGAGUGAGGUGUGUUUGUUUUCUGUGCUGCUGUGCCGUCAGUUGUUGACGAAUAUUUUCUGUGCAACGCUUGAUUUAAUUACGGUUGCCAAAUUGGACCGUACUGUUUAUGUUUUGGAAAUUGACCUGUACUCCGAGUCUUUCAUUUGAAUGUACAUCUACUUGUAUGCAUAAAUUCCAAAAGUGAAAUCACUCAGUUUGCUUCGCCAACCAAAGAAAUUUUUAUUUACGUGGAAUCAACUUAGCGAUUCGUAAUAAAAGCUUUGUUUAUCUAACUUUUAUUUUGAAGUUAUACCAAAGAUUGCCCAAUUGGAUUCUAAAAAAAAAAAAAAAAAAAAGAGAGAAUAGGCGAUGAAUUAUGACGUUGAAAUGUGAGUGAUAUUGCGCAAAUUCCUCAAGAUUGGAUAUACUGAUAGCAUUGUUUCUUUUCCUUUUUAAUCACUUCUGUGGAAAUUUACUGAUAGUUUUGGUGAAGUGUGCCUUUUUUUUAAUGUGCCAUGUGAUUUGCCGCUUUGUAAAGAAUUGUCCAAAGAUGUCGCAAGUAUGAGCACUUAUUCCUAUGACACUGCCACUGCCUGGUUCGAGGACGAUUACCGCAACAGCUCUAAAUUUCGAGGAAAGCAAAUGUCAACAAUUGUGGACAUAAAUAAUACACACCCCAGUGAGGAAUGGGACGAAGAGAAGAAAGUGACUUCCGACAAAGUAUCGCAAUCCCCUGGUAAACUUAACAAGUACAGUUUGGUUAUUGUUUUGCCUUCCACCAACGGUGGUGUUCCCACCGAUGCGCAAAAUGGUAAGACACUGGUGGAUUCCGGCGUGGGUUCCAUGUCCCCUUCACCGCCCAAAACGCCAACUCCUGAUUACGAUUCCUUGGAAGAUUUCUUCGACGAUGAAGAUCAUCUAGGCACAACCCACUCUUGCGGAAAUCAAUCUCCUCAGGCAUCUGCAUGUCCGAAGAAAGUGCAUUUUUCAUCGAUGGACAUUGCUGAGGAAUCUGUUUACACGUCCAGCAAGUCAUCCUGGCGGGAAGCUUUAUUGAUGAAUCCUUACGAUGGUCCAGAUCCCUUAUCUUAUUGCUACCGCCAAGAGUGGGUGAACGGUGAAACUAAACCUAGGGCAAAAUUAAUAGCUAAGCACCAAUUACUAUAUACAGAUGAUUCAGAGGAUGGGUUCCGGCGCUCUAGAACCGAAACGAGGCGACCUAGAGGUACUAAACUGGUGAGGAGGACAAGCUCUCUGGAUCGUUUCGUUGCGCUUCGCUAUAGCAACAGAACUAAAGACAGGAUACCUUUACUUUGUGAUCCAGAUCCUUUAAAAGAACCAAUUGCCAAUUCUGAAAAACGAAAUGUUACCCGGAAAACACCGAAACAUACGAAAUCUUCAGAAAGUUCUCCUCUGAAGCCAGUGGAAAGGGCAUCAUGUGGGCCUGGUCCACCACUGAAACAACUGCGUUCAUAUUCAGUUGAGAACAACAAUUGCAAUGUUGGGUCAUCUCAUUUGGGCCGAGCAAGGCAGCGAUCUGUUAGUGGGAAUGUCUCUUGUAAAAAGACACCAGUGCGAAGAGUGGACGAUGAUGCUCUUAAAAGGUCACGACUUCACAAUAGCCAGUAUGAGCUUUCUCAGGAUUUGCUUGACAAGCAGGUAGAAAUGCUUGAAAGGAAGUAUGGCGGCGUCUGUGCUCGCAAAGCAGCUUUGACGAUUCAAAGAGCUUUUCGGAAAUACACAAUCAUGAAACGCUUCCAAGAUAUUGCCAAUGCUUCCAAAGGAGAAAAACGCCUGUCCAGGCGCUUUCCAGCUUUUGAUAUAGAAAAUAAAGAAUGGGUAGUGUAUAAUGCCAACGGUACAGUUUCUCGAUAUCCUCAUUUUCAACAGCAUCAGACCUGCUACGACGGGGAUAUCAAAAUGUGUAACAACUUCCAUUGUGGCAUUGGCACAGAUGCCAUUACUCAGUCUCAUUACCAAACAUUAUAUAGAGAAUUAAACGAGACACUAGACUCUGAAGAUAGUUCCCGGUGUAGCAAACCCUGUCGUACUCAGAGUUUCCGUGAGAGGCGUAUGAAGUACCAAGAAACUCAUGCAAAAGGACCAUAUCAUCCUGAAUAUACUAACAAAGAUUCCAAUGGUUAUGAACAUUAUGCAAAUAAACAAGUUUCUCAUUUGAACAGUGCAUAUUAUCAAGAUGCAUACCAGUCAUGUGCAACUUUAUCCCCUCCUUCAUUUCCUAGGCAUCCAGCAUGGACAGCAGUACCUAAUGCUAAUACUCAAAGGACUCAUAGUUCGUCAAAUCAAGCAUCUUCUGUAUAUGUUAAUUCUAGUCUAAAUAGUACGAAAAUUCAAAUUCCAGACGGUUUCCAGCCAGGAAGGGAUUCAAUGUCUUCUGAAGACAGUGUUUUGAAUGUAGAAAUUGAAACCAGUGAACCAGAUUCUAGUAUACAUCGUGGUUGUUCUGCAAGACAUUCUCUAAACAUUAGUCCUUCCAAGCAGUCACCCAGUAGUGUCCUGCACAGAAAUGCUGCCAGAGCGAGUGAUGUUGCUUUGGGACGGCGAGUUGCUUCACGUGUUGAGCAAAAGAAAAUACCACCUCAGGUUCCUAAACGAACAUCCUCCAUUCCCAGUAAGGAGGAUGGUACUGAUGCUUUUGAUACAGUGUCAGAGUGUAGUCAGCAUUCCUUACAAAGUGUCAAAGCAACAAAUAAGACAGUGGAAGCCUCUCCUGUCUGGAAAAGAAAAUCUCUAGUCUUAGCUGAACAGACUGUCAGCGCAGAAGAUAAACGACUGAGCAACAUAUCGGAAAACAGUGAAGACAGUCUAGAUGGUGGGGGUGGUUAUUCAAAUACUGCUCCUGCAGAUAUGAGUCAUUCCUUUAAUGUUCAUAAUUAUCCUGAUGUUCGAACUCCUCAUGAAUUGCCUGGAACUCCUACUGUUUAUAAGCUUACAGAAAUUCAGAGGAAAAGGCAGUACAGAGUUGGUUUAAAUCUAUUCAAUAAAAAACCCGAGAGAGGAAUUCGUUACUUAAUUCAGCGUGGUUUCUUGGAAGCAUCCCCUCAAGCAGUUGCAAGGUUCCUUCUGACUAGAAAAGGUCUCAGCAAGCAAAUGAUUGGGGAGUACCUUGGAAACCUUCAAAAUUCAUUUAAUAUGGCUGUCCUGGAAUGCUUUGUUCAAGAAUUAGAUUUAGCUGGCAUGCAAGUAGACGUUGCUCUUAGGAAAUUCCAAACUUUUUUUAGAAUGCCAGGUGAAGCACAGAAAAUAGAAAGGCUCGUAGAAGUAUUCAGUCAUCGUUACAUUGAGUGCAACCAUGACAUAGCUUCAAAAUUUCAUAAUCCAGACACAGUUUUUGUUCUUGCAUUUGCCAUCAUAAUGCUUAACACAGACCUUCACACGCCAAAUAUGAAGGCAGACAGACGCAUGAAACUUGAAGAAUUCAUUCGGAACCUCAGAUCUAUUGAUGAUGGCCAUGAUUUAGAUAGAGACAUGCUUGUUGGUAUUUAUGAAAGAAUAAAAACAAAUGAAUUUAAAAUGGGAUCAGAUCAUGUCACUCAAGUCCUGAAGGUACAGCAAACUAUAGUUGGAAAAAAACCAAACCUUGCCUUACCUCACAGGCGUCUAGUCUGUUAUUGUCGUUUGUAUGAAGUAUAUGAUGUCAGCAAAAAAGAACGUCCCGGUGUUCACCAAAGAGAAGUUUUCCUAUUUAAUGAUUUAUUAAUGGUUACCAAAAUAUUCAGUAAGAAAAAGAACAGUGUCACGUAUACAUUUAGGCAAUCUUUCCCAUUGUGUGGCAUGAGCGUCACUUUAUUUGAAGCUCCAUAUUAUCCCCAUGGCAUUAGGCUCAGCCAGAGAGUUGAUGACAAGGUUUUGAUUACAUUUAAUGCACGAAAUGAGCAUGAUAGGUCAAAGUUUGUAGAAGAUUUAAAAGAGUCUAUAUUAGAGAUGGAUGAAAUGGAAAAUCUACGCAUAGAAGGUGAGCUUGAAAAACAGAAAAUGAUACGGGUGAGAGGAGCUGAAAAUCGUGAUUCUGGUGUUGCAGAUAUGGAAAUUAUCCCACAAACCUCAAAGGAUGGUAAACUGUCACCAGAGAGUGCUGCAGCUGCAAAUAAUUUGAAACGCUCAGCUUUAUCUAAUUCGCUGCUUGAUCUUCAUGAACAACAAAUAAGUAAACCAGUCCGAAGAGGUAGUGCUGGCUCUUUGGAUAGUGGAAUGUCAAUAUCUUUCCAGUCUUCUGCAGCCAGUAGCGUGAGUCAUGAUUCUUCUCCUCAGAUUGUUCAUGCCGGUUCGACGUCGUCCGGAUCUGGAUCCAGUCUUGGCAGUACACGAAGUGGCCCAGAUUCGGCAACUGGUGGAUCAAAACCACAGCCUGCCCAGGCGGGAUUCCUUGGUGGACUGUUUGGUAAAAAAGGCAAACACACUGGCAAGAGUAAUAUCCGAAAGCCAUAUGAUGGAGGGGAUACUUAAAAUUGUGCAGUGCUUUAUUAUCAGAAUUAAGGCAACACUUCAUGGCAAACAUGUUGUUAAGAGAGUUAGAUGAGUUCACAACUUUUGCUACAAUAUGCAUACGACAAAUCAAGUGAGAUCUUCGGUGAGUACUGUAAACAAGGGAUUGAUCACACUCGCAUGUGUCACAUAGCUUUAUUAUUCGAGGUUAUAAAUAUUUUCAGUGUACAUAGGGAUUCACAUGUAAGUAAGAAUAAUGUAAUAUAGUCUUCUGUACAUAAUAUUUAGUAAUCUCAUUAAUGGUAUCAGCCUUGCAAGGUUUAUGUACAAUACAUAUGUAAGCAAAAGUACACAUGCCAGAUUUAAUAUAUUGAAAUUGUAUAAUAAUAAAGGUAUAUCUAUAUAUAUAUUCAGAGAAUAAAAUAGCUAUGAGGAAGUAGUGUGCAAUAGGCCAGCUCAAUUUUGUUGAAUGUGUGUGAUUUGAACAGAAUCUUUUUUCACUCCUCAGUAAGCCACUUGUAAUAAAUGUAUUUUAUAGCUUAUAUUCAUACAUAUAUAUAUAUUUGUUGUGGUAAAAAUUGAAAAUUUGUUCAAUAUUCCUUAAUCUCUGUACACAUUUAAAACUUCAUUGUAAUUCAUUUCCUGCACCAAAAUAACUUUACAAUAGUUUGCAUAUUUAUGCAAGUGCUUUAGAUUGGUUUUGAACAUUCCAUUAAAAUAAUAUUUAAGUUGACAUGCUGAUAUAAUACUUGAUAAAAAUUUGCAUGUAGUUUAAAGCACUUGUAAAUAUACAAACACAAUUUAAAGUCUUUAAUGCCAAAAAAAGUUCUACUGCAAAUUCCAAAGUUUGAAAUGUUUAUUUUCUUUUUAUUUUGUUUGUUUUAGAAAUUAAUCAUCUUGUAAUUAAUUUUUUUUAGAAAGCUACACAUCACACUGUAAUUCAUGAACUGGAAUUUAAUGAGCAUGUUGGGAAGUGUAAUUUUGUGAUUAAAUAUAAAAUCAUUUUGGAAAAUUAUUAGUCUGUUUUAUUAUUAUAGAUUUUGUGUUGCAUUGAUGUUUCUUUUCAUGCAGGCUUGAAUAUUAUUAAAUUAGUUAUUAUGUAAUUAGUUAUUAUGUAUUAAAGAAUAUAAAAUAUUUUUUUAUUUUAGUCGACUUAAAAUAAGAAUACCAGUUUUCGUUUCUGCUUUUCAAAAUGGAUUAAAUAUAUAUAUAUAUAUAACUUAAUUGUAAAACUGGGCAGUUUCUGUUAUAAAAUAUACAAUUGAAGAGAAAAUUUGCUUGCAGAAUAAACUUUUAAAUAAAAUAUUUUGUUUCAUUUUAUAAAAAAAAAUUAUUUUAAAUUCACUUGCAGUUUAGAUGUUGAUCAAUUAAUAUACAAUCAUGUAAAUUAUCUUUAUCUAUUAAGAUAAUGUUGCUUUUCAAACAGCUGAAAAUGUAGUAAUUUUAAAACUUUUAAUAUGUUAAUGGAGUAAAGACGGAUUUUAUUUCAUAUUUACAAGCAUUCUGUUUAUAACUAUCUAAACAGCAAAAUACAGUUGAACUAAAAAAAAUGAAAUUCGAACAAAUGUGUUUGAAAACAUCAAAAUUUCUUAGUAAGACAAAUUCGGUCGCAAGUAAAAAUGUUUUAGAGAUAUACUGUAAGCAGUUUAGGUGAAACUGACUUUCUGGAGAAUACAAAGUCCUUUCAGUUUACCAUGCUUCUCUUCUAUUUACCACUCUUAGUUAUAUUGUAAAAAUUAGUAUAAGCUUAAUAACCUUAGUUGUUAUCAUUAACUCUUUCGAGACACUGCACCUUAUUUAAGACAUUACCUUGUGGAGGAUGGGGGUUGAAAGGAAUUGUCUGCAGGAUUGGGGAGUUCCUAAAUUUAGAAACAGAAAGGGGAAAUUUUUCUUUUUUAAAAAGUUGUAACCUCAUAAUUUUGGUACUGUUUUAGAUUGUUACUUUAGCUAUCAUAUAAGUCAAAAUUAGCUUUUAAUAUUUAUUUUUUUUUUACAUGAAAAUAUAUAAAAAAUUGCUUAUUUUGAUAAAUAAUUUUCAAAAGUGUUAUCCAAAAUAUUCUGAAGUUUUAAUUGACAGAAUAUAUUAAUUAACUUCAAAACUAAUAAGAAAUAUAAAGAGUAUUUAUAAGAAGUAACAAAUCAUUCAUAGGAAAUGGAAGGCAUCACAGUGAGCUCAGUUCAUACAAAAUGUCCACAUCAAGAUCACUAGAAAUAUCGUGCUCUAGGGACUCUCAUCUAUGUCACUAAUUGGCUCACUCACCAUGUGAGUAUAUCCUUCCUCUGAUAAAUAAUGCUUGCUCAUAAUAAAUCCCAUAAUGAACUCAAUUCAGUGUUUUCUGAAAUAAAAAGGGAAGCACGAAAAAUGUGAGGGAUUAAAAAAGCAAGCAAAGCAUAACAGAACCCACGUAAUAACCCUAACAGACCCUACACAGAAGUGAAAAGAAGGAUUUAUGGACCUCUGGGUUAUGGGCCCAGCACAUUUCCAGUGUGCCACUCUGCUCUUGGAUUCAGAAGGAGUCAAACUCUGUUUAUAUUACUCUCCCUACAACAUCUGACACGAGUUGGCAUAGCGAGGGGGGCAAGGGGUGUAUGACGCCGCUCGCAGAAGGGCCCGGAAAACAAGAUUUUCACCUUAUCACUGUGUUUUUUCUGGGGGGGGGACCGGUUAUGCUUGCUACUCUACUGUCUGACACCAAAGUUAGUCAGAAUGUGAUCAAAUUGAAGGUCAAGAUCCUAAAAGCUGUGUUCACUUCAAAACGGCACCAUCUAGUGGUCUUUAAAAAAA